AUGGCUUCAGCUGAGUCGCAGCCGCGGUUCGGCCAGUCUGUUAAAGGUCUACUGUCUGAUAAAGUGGGCUCCUGUAGCGUGGAUGUGAUCGCACUGACCCGCCAAGUGCUGAAAGGAUCCCGCAGCCAGGAGCUUCUUGGUCAAGCAGCAAGAAAUAUGGUGAUUCAGGAGGACGCCAUCCUGCACUCUGAGGAUAGUCUGAGAAAAAUGUCCAUCAUCACCACACAUUUACAAUACCAGCAGGAGGCCAUCCAGAAGAAUGUGGAGCACUCUAAAAACCUGCAGGACCAGCUGAGACACCUGCUGAAGUGACAGCAGCCCGAGACCCCGCAGCCCACAUCAGGAGGGUCCUGUGUCAGCCAGCGCUGACUCGGCAGCAUCUGCAGGGUUUUAAUGUUGGGCCACAGGGAUAAUGUGCUGUCUUCCUGCUUUCUAGCACACUGCUGGCCGCUGCAGUUGGGACUGUCAUCAUGUCAUGUUUUGUUUGAAACACAGAGACACAGAGAGUUGCUCUGCGAAGUAAGGACCAAAGUGUUUUCUUGAGUCAUGUCAAAUGUUUUGAUCAACUGUAUUAUAUUAAUUUAUUAAACGCCUUGUCUGCAUCAUCUUGACUCAUCGUAGUGCCCACCUGUGUGAGGAUCAAACGCACACCUGUAAGACCUGUGUGUCUGAGAAUGAAACAGAAGUCACAGACCUAUACCAGAGUGUAAUAUAUAACAUAAUAUAUUAGUAUGGGUGUCCACCACUUUUUCAAUGACUGGUUAAGAUUGUCUCUUUUGGCUGCAACAAAAGCCUUGAUCGCACAGGUUGUGAUAUUCAUAAAUGCAGGAGACCUGAAAAUAGGAGGAGUGAUAGAGAGAGAGAAUGAUUUGUUGGGAUUUCAUUGUGUGCAUAUUCAUUUUUGCCAUUCAGGAUUUGAGAGGACACAUUCAGACAGGAUUUCCCCACUCUGGAAGAAGAUGAAUUAGGAAACGUUUAGGCAGGGACAGACAGUCCACAGUGCUUGUGGUUCAAGGAUGCACUCAGCCUGCCCACACCUACUGACACGUGAAACUACCUGCUCAGGCCCGAUGUGGUGGUCUCGGCUUUGUGGGUUCACUUGUUAUGUUUGACUCAGCGUGUAUUUAAGUGAUGCAUUAAAAAGCUUGUUGCUCUUG